AUGAGCUGCGACGAAGCCGACUUGGAGACUCCAAUUGUGGCCGAUGUGGAUGGGGAGACUAUUGAUGACCUGCGCUUGCAGCAUGUCCAGGAGCCGGCCGGAGAAUUUAACUUUGAAGUUUCACAUGGCGGAUAUGCACGUAGUGCACGAGCGAAACACGCACUCCUGGCCGAGGAAACGGCGAUCUCUCACAGCACCAAGAGAAUUGUUCAGGUGACGGGUUUGCUGCUUUUGGGACUUGCACUAUUCUUUUGUCUCUUCAGAGAUCGGACACAGAUCCCAACGAUGAAAGAAGAGUUCGCACCACUCAAUGCUGCAGAAGCCUGUCACACAGCAGUCCCGGGAGAUUCUUGCUACGGUGCUGUGCUUUGGCACAAGUGGAUCGGGCUGAUCGAACAACCGUUCAAGUACAACAUCACAAGGCAGGCCAAUCGCCAUACGGUUCAAGAAUGGCUUUGGCAAAACAAGCAAGCGGGAUGCCAACGCCCCUGCCCAGGCGAAUAUCCAGUCCCGACAGUACCAUCAGCGGCAGCUCCAAGAAUCUACUGCUUCUCAGUGGCCCGCGGCGGUGAAGAAAUGGAUGCAAUGUUUAUGCAGCGUCAGAGUGGCACUGGAAUUUUUGGCUGCAACGGGUAUGAUGUGUACAGUGAUCAGAGCAUUAAUAUUGAUGGAUAUAUGACCAAACUCAUCCCUUCUACCGCAGCCGGAGUCAGCGUUGAUCAGACAGCAGCGAAUUCACAGGUCUUCAUGAAAACCUGGCUGGACAUUCUCAAUGGCAAUUUUUGGUACACGUACGAUUUCCUCGCGAAGGUGGAUCCAGAUGCCGUCCUAUUUGCUGAUCGCUUGCGUUGGCACGUUCAAUCACGUGUGGGGCAGAACGUCUUCUUUCUGAACUGUGCUGUCCAUGCGCCAGCCAUGUAUGGAGCAGUAGAGGUCUUCUCAAAAGCAUCCUUGGGGGCAUACAAAGACUCGCAUGCUCGUUGUGAGCAAUCGCUUCCCUUCUGGUCUUGGGGUGAAGACAGGUACAUGCAAGAGUGCCUGAAGAUGUUGGGGGUAGUGCCAAUUUCCGACUACAACAACAAUGUACGCGACGCGCGCUGCUGGGGAUCUGAUUGUGGCAACAAAGGUGCGGUGGCCUUCCAUGCGUACAAAACGGUGAACAGUUGGUACCAUUGCUACCUGGCAUCCGCAUGA